UUCCGGAUAUCUGUAGUGGCAUUUUCUGUCUGGUGCAGCGACAUGUGGCGGCUAUUACUACCAACGGCUCUGUUACUUACAGUUUCCUCAGGCAUUGGAGCUGGUCUCCAAAAGGCUGUGGUGACCCUAGACCCUGAAUGGGUCAGGGUGCUCGAGAAAGACCAUGUGACCCUCAAGUGCCAGGGUACCUACUCACCUGAGAACAAUUCUACCAAGUGGUACCAUAAUGAAAGCAUCAUCUCACACCGGAAUGCCAUCUAUUUCAUCAGAGAUGCCAGAGCUAAUGACAGUGGAGAGUACAAGUGUCAGACAUCCGGCUCCAUGCUCAGUGACCCGGUGAAGCUAGAAGUCCAUGUAGGCUGGCUGGUGCUUCAGACCACUAAGUGGCAGUUCCAGGAGGGGGACCAGCUCCGGCUGAACUGCCACAGCUGGGAAAACAGACCUGUGAAGAAGGUCACGUACUUGCAGAACGGCAGAGGCAAGAAGUAUUUCCAUAACAAUGCUGAAUUGCACAUUCAAAAAGCCACACACAAAGACAGCGGCUCCUACUUCUGCAGAGGGCUUAUUGGCCACAACAACAAAUCUUCAGAGUCCUUGAUAAUCAGGAUAGGAGAUGGGACACCUCCCUCCGUCUCUCCAUCUCAGAUUAUUUUCUGCCUGCUGGUAGGACUCUUGUUCGCAAUAGACACCGUGCUGUAUUUCUCUGUGCGGAAGGGUCUUCAAAGUUCAGUGGCAGACUAUGAGGAACCCGAGGUUCACUGGAGCAAGGAACUUCAGGACAAGUGAGGUCACCCCGUAUCUCAUGGGGUGAUAAGAGCAAUGAUGUAGCACCUAAGAACCUUUCUGUGGACUUGCAACCUUCCCAUCUGCAUUGGGCAUCAUGCCUUGAGCAGCACGAAUGGUACAGAGAAAGGCCCCUCCCCCAACUCUGGCUUUGUUUGUUUGUCUGUCUGUCUGUCUCCAAUGGACCGUCUCAGGGGAAAGGAAAGGCUUGUGAUCUUCAAGGACCAACAGUGAAGCACCAGUGAGUAUGAAGCUGUCCUCACAAGAAGCGAUGCUUCAGAGUUUUACGCUUUCUCUGUCUCAAACACUCCCUUAGAGUAAAGCAGCAACAUGGACCGGGGUGGUGACGUUUUCCAUGCUCAAAAGUGUUCCUAAAUAAACUUCUGUAGGAAAGUGAA